UAUUCAUUUUUCAUAGAUAUCUCAUAUCCCCCUCUCCCUCACCUCUCAUCUUCUUCCUUGUCUGCUUUGCUUUUGUUUAAUUUGUUUUUAACAUGAAGAAAUCUUUUGCCUUAAUUUUCUAGUUUGUACCUUGUUAUGUUUCUUGAUUGUUCUCCUCCUCUAGUGGGAUUUAUCAUAAUUAGUUUUUACAACUUUAGCUUGUUCUCCAAGUUUGUUUGUUUGUGGGUUCUUUGCUAAUUUCUUCAUUCUUGGGGGUUGAGCUAGCACCAACUAGCUACCUCUCUAUCUCUCUCUCUCUGGAUAUUAUUCUUUACUGCUUCUUGAUCUUGUUGGGUUUCUUGAAUUCCUUACUUUAGGGUUAAUGGUAUUGUUAUACAGUUGGGUGUUGAAUUUUGGAGCAAAUUAGCAUAUAGAUUGUGUGUUCUUGAUUUCAUUUCUUCAAAAAUAUUUUUAGAUUCGUGGGUUAGGAUCAAAUGAAAUUCAAUUGAGGUUUUAAAAAGGGGAAAAUGGAGUCUAUUGAGGGUAAGGAAAUGGUGUUUUUUCCAGAUGAAGCAACAGAUUUCCAAUUUGAUUCAACCAUCGCAUUGAAUCCAUUAAUGAAAUUCACGAGCUCAAUUAACGAUGACAAGUUAUCAGCUCCAAUGGAAAUUCGAUCAAGAUCCCCUCGGACAGCUACGAAUCUGCAGAUUCCGACCUGCCAAGUCCAUGGAUGUAGCAAGGAUUUGAGUUCAUCCAAGGAUUACUACAGAAGGCACAAAGUCUGCGAUGUUCACUCCAAGACCGCCGUCGUCGUCGUCAAUUCAAUCCACCAGAGGUUCUGUCAGCAAUGCAGCCGGUUCCACGUCCUGUCGGACUUCGAUGACGGUAAGCGCAGCUGCCGUAGACGCCUCGCCGGCCACAAUCAGCGCCGCCGUAAGCCCCAAUUCAAUCCUUACUUAGGCUCGACGUACUUUGCGAUGAAUGAGGCAAAGGCCUCGUUACUUUUAUCGGGGCUUCUGCCCGGCGAUAUCUUCGGUCUUAAAUGCGACAACCGGCCGGAAAAGCGUCUGAAAUUGGAAGAUGAACAGAGUCUGACAUCUCAAUUUUCCGGGCCGGCUCCGGCGACAGAUUAUUGUCCGAAUUCAAAAUUAUCUUCCUGGAAUCAGACGACAUUAUCGGUUUCGGAUUCCAGCCGUGCUCUCUCUCUUCUGUCACCGCAAUCAUCGGAUGCUCCGAUCGUAAGCAUGCCGUGGAGCGUCGAUGGCGGCGGCGGGACGGUGGAUUUGCUGGAGCUGUCGUUGAAUCUGCAAAGAGUGGAACAGCAGAAAUACGUAGGGAGACGAUGAGGGUAGCUAAGCUGCUCUUUUUUAUUUACAAGCUUGAAUUUGUGGGUCAUAUUAUUAUUAAUUGUUUGUUAGAGCAUGAAAUUGAAUAUUCCAAUUUACAUGGACUUGUUUAUAAUUUAAAGGUGAAUGUAUGUAAGUAUGUUUGUGAUAAAUUGAAUUGAAUAUAUACGGAGGGAGGCUGGCGUGCUUAAGCGUGGGGUAAUGU